AUAAACACAGCGUGGCAGCGACCGUGUGUUAUUACCCUGUGUUCCCCGGCGUGUGUGUGCUCCCUGGACGUGGAAGAUGACCGCAGACAAGGUGGUGUGGCGUUGUUUCUGAGAUGUUGACGCUGCUGAGAACCUUUUCCACGCGGCCCGUUGUUCUGGCAGCCUCUAGAGAUGCUAGGCGGGCUUAACUAGGUAAGCAGUAGGCAGAGGAUCAGUGCACAAUGGGGUCGGUUGAGCUGGACUCCAACACCCUAGAUGCACUCUUGUGCGACCAGAGUUAUGUAGGAGGGUACCAGCCCUCCCAGGCAGACAACCAAGUGUGGCGGGCCAUUGGGGGACCCCCAGAUGCAAAAGUACACCCACAUACGGCCCGCUGGUAUGCCCACAUGGCCAGCUUCAGUGGUGAGAGUCAGGCAUUUCCCCCGGCCCCCCAUGUGGUGGUGUUCCAUGGCCCCAAGUCACCUGCACAGGCCUCUAGGGUGGCUUCAGGGGGAGAACAGAAUGGCAAGCCUCAAGGUGUUAAGCCUCAGAAGACUCCCAGCAAGAAACAAGAUGUGGAGGCUGCCAAGAAGGAGAAGAAGGAGAAGGGUGGUGGUGGUGGCGGUGGUGCCAAGGAACUCAGUCCAUGGCCAGCCUACAUCCAGGAGCGCCUUGCCCUGUGGGACCGCCUCAAGAAGGAGUCUGAUGAGGCGCUGGCUGCCAAGGUGCCACAGCCCAUACAGAUAACCCUUCCAGAUGGUACAGUGAAGGAUGGAGAAUCUUGGCGCACCACCCCUUUUGCCAUCGCCCAAGGCAUAUCUCAGGGCCUGGCCGAGAACACUGUGGUGGCCAAGGUGAAUGGUGAUGUGUGGGAUCUGGACCGGCCACUGGAAGGAGACUGCAAACUGGAGCUCCUCAAGUUUGACAAUGCAGAAGCCAAGGCGGUAUUCUGGCACUCUUCAGCCCACAUACUUGGGGAGGCCAUGGAACGUGUGUAUGGGGGUCACCUGUGCUAUGGCCCGCCCAUAGAGGAGGGCUACUACUAUGAUAUGUGGACGGAUGGGCCUGGGGUAUCUGCUCUAGACUUCCCUGGCCUGGAGGAUGUGAUGAAGAAGGUGACCAAGGAGAAGCAGCCUUUUGAACGCCUUGUGGUCAAGAAGGAGGAUCUGCUGGAGAUGUUCAAGUAUAAUGAGUUCAAGGUGAGGAUCAUCAACGAGAAGGUGAAGACAGACAGCACCACUGUGUACCGGUGUGGGCCCCUCAUUGACCUGUGUCGCGGCCCCCAUGUGAGGCACACUGGCAAGGUCAAGGCAUUAUGUGUGACCAAAAACUCUGCGUCGUACUGGGAGGGCAAGAGUGAUGCUGAGUCCCUGCAGCGAGUGUAUGGCAUCAGCUUCCCUGACCCUAAGAUGUUGAAGGAGUGGAAGCAUUUCCAGGAGGAGGCAGCGAAGAGGGAUCACCGCAAGAUUGGUGUGCAGCAGAAACUGUUCUUCUUCCAUGAGCUGAGUCCUGGCAGCUGUUUCUUCUCCCCGCGAGGUGCUUUCAUCCACAAUGCGUUGAUUCAGUUCAUCCGUGAAGAGUACCGCAAGCGAGGCUUCCAGGAGGUGGUGACACCCAACGUGUACAACACCAAGCUGUGGCAGACCUCCGGCCACUGGCAGCACUAUGCUGAGAACAUGUUUAGCUUUGAGGUGGAGAAGGAGAAGUACGCCCUUAAGCCCAUGAACUGCCCUGGCCACUGCCUCAUGUUCGGCCACACUACCCGAUCCUGGCGGGAACUGCCCCUGCGUAUGGCAGACUUUGGAGUGCUGCACCGCAACGAGUUGUCUGGCGCACUGACAGGACUCACUCGUGUGCGUCGCUUCCAGCAGGAUGACGCUCACAUCUUCUGUGCAUCAGAGAGUAUCCAGGCAGAGAUGAAGGGCUGCUUGGACUUCCUCUCUGCCAUCUACGAGACCUUCGGCUUUGAGUUCCAGCUGCGGCUAUCCACCAGGCCAGAGAAGUACCUUGGAGAUGUGGCUCUAUGGGACAAGGCUGAGGAGCAACUCAAAGCUUCUCUGGAUACCUUUGGUAAGCCAUGGGAACUGAACCCUGGGGAUGGUGCUUUCUAUGGCCCAAAGAUUGACAUCACGGUGACGGAUGCGCUGCGCCGCCACCACCAGUGUGCCACCAUCCAGCUGGACUUCCAGUUGCCAGAACGGUUUGACCUCAACUUUGUGUCGGAGAGUGGUGAGAAACGGCGGCCGGUGAUCAUCCACCGUGCCAUCCUGGGCUCCGUGGAGAGGAUGAUUGCCAUCCUCACCGAGUCUUACGGUGGCAAAUGGCCCUUCUGGCUCUCCCCACGGCAGGCCAUGGUGGUGCCCGUUGCCCCUCCCUUUGACAGCUAUGCCACAGAGGUGCGGGACGUGCUUCACGCCGCAGGUCUGCAGGUGGACGUUGACACAGAUGCAGGUGACACCCUCAACAAGAAGAUCCGCAAUGCUCAGCUGGAGCAAUACAACUUCAUCCUAGUGGUGGGGGAGCGCGAAGCCACGUCCCGCACUCUCAACGUGCGCACUAGAGACAACAAGGUGCACGGCGAGCACCCGCUGAAUGAUGUAGUGGAGAAGAUGUGCAAGCUGCGGGACACUCGUGCCAAAGACUGGGAGGACUCCUUCUAGGCUCCCUGCUAACACACCCACACUGCUUUUACACAGGAGCUGUGUUGGCUUAGCUUGGGGACACAUGGCCACUGUGCUCCUGUGACCACACCACCAAUUUCUAUUUAUUUGUUUCCAUGAUUUUUUUUUGCCACUAGCCAUGAAUUCCAAUCUUGCAGGAUGCAGUAACACAUCUGUUAGUGUUCCUGCUGGCCUGACUGCUGGGAACAAUGAUAAUGAUAAUUGUUAUAUUAACUAUUUAUGUAUGGGAUGCCUCAGUAACUACAAAUGUAGGUGAUGACACACUGUCAUCACUGCUUGCCUCAUCUUCCCCAGGCAGGCCACACCUUCACCUUCCUUUGACUCCUCCCAGUGACAUGCAGGGCUGCUCACUGCCCUGCCACAUAUGUUGAUCCACUUUCAGUGCUCUUACUGACUUUGUUUCCUAAUUUCAUAUUUGGCUUUCUUACAUAGGAUUUUGUUCUACUUUCUGGCAAUAUUCGAACCUGUUAUUCUUUUAAUUUUCUUCUAUGAAUUUUAUUUUAUAUUUGUUUCAUAUUGUUAAUUUUUAGGUGAAAUUGACACCAUGCAAACAGUGUAAGCCCUGAUGUGGCACUACAAGGCACCACUUGUACUUGAUUGGCAACUUCAUGCAUCUUCCUGCUGCACAACAUUCACUUAUUGGCGCAUCUGUGACAGAUUUUAUCUGGUGACUCACAAAUUCUCAACCUUACCGCGUCUGGUCUGGCCUGGUGCCUGAGUAACUGACUCUGUGCCGCAAUGACAGGAUCAUAAGGCGUUGCUCGUGGUGACUUAUUCGAAGUGUGUCACAGUGCCACCGCCACGCAAACCUCCCUGUAGCUCCCCAGCGCGCCGUGCAAGUUCCUGGGGUCGCGGCCUUGGCGGUGGUUCCUUCGUUGUACUGGUGUCGCGGGGUACGAUGUAACUGUAAUAAACUUGUUAUUUAUA